AUGCAAUUCAGCAAAUGGACGACAGGAAAUGAAGAAAUUGAUAAACUAAUUCAGGAAUGUCAAAGCAAUACUGUCUCACCAUCACACGUUAUCGAAUGGAUUCCUUAUGAACAUUUUGAAAAAAUUAAAUUAGAAACUUCCACUGACAAUUCUGACGUAUAUAUUGCAACGUGGAAAAAUGGGUCAUUUGCAGAAUGGGAUAAUGAACAACAGAAAUUAAAAAGAGGUGGCCGAGGUACUUAUAUUCUUAAAUCUUUAAAAAUUUCAGAAAAACAAUAUAAUGAGAUUAAAACGAGUUUUACAACUGAAAAACUCUUUUCUCAAUCUCAUGUAAGAUGCUAUGAAUUGACUAGAAAUCCACAAUCAAAUGAAUUUACACUCAUUCUCCAUAAAAUGGAUAGUGACUUACGUCAGUUUCUUAAGGGAAAAAGACCGAUUAUCGAUGUUGGAACACCAGACGAUUAUGUAGAUUUGAUGAUCAAAUGUUGGGAUGAUGAUCUGGAAAAAAGACCUGAUGCUGAAACAGUUAUGACAAAAAUAGAGGAUAUGCUUAGAAAUAUUUAUGCAAAUGAUGAUAUUAUUCAAGAAUUGAAACUUAUUCCAGUUAAUUAUAGAAAUUCUACAAGUUGGAGAGUUUUAAAAAGUGCAAAUUCAAAAAAGAGACCUAAAAUUGAAACUAUGAAAAUGAAG